UUUAAGUCGGUACACAGUAGGCUUUAGACAUGGGCAACAAAAAGUCACUUCUCGAAAAGCCUUACAAGAAUGGCGAAGCAACUUUCGACAAAAACCAAAGUGAAAAGCUUAUUGACGAAAUUAAACGUGUAAAGAUAAGCACAUAUAUUCAGGAGAAUGGGAGCGGAAAAUGGAAUUUCUUACUACUUGGUCCUUGCGGAGCGGGGAAGUCAUCCUUUAUCAACUCUGUAAUAAGUAUAUCAAAAGGGAAAUAUCUUAAUAGUGCUUUCACAGGCGGAUUAAACAUCGGAAGCAUUACACGAAAGUUUAAGUCGUACUCAGGUGGUUCAUUUGAUAAUCUGAGGUUUUACGAUACUGCCGGACUUAUGGAGACCGAAGGAUUCAACACAGAGAUGAUGACGAGAGUUCUUCGUGGAAAUGUUAAAGAAGGAUAUGAC